GGGUGCCCCUUGUGGCUCCAGGCCUCAGAAGAUUUUCUCAACCUGGAGGGCAAGCUUUAUUUCUGGGGUUGUUUGUCUUGCUAAAUUAGGAAUUUCAUUAACCUUUCUCUUUCGGUCCUCCCAUAGGUCAGUUCAGCAGAUCCUUGCUUCAGAGCUCUCUGAAACUCGCAGAAAGAUAAUGAGGGUAGCAUCAAUAGGCCUGGCAAAUUUCCGAGGCACUCAUGACUGGACAUUCCUGACCCCUGGGCUUCUGACUGAAUUGGAAUGUGUGGUUAUAAAAGCAAAGAACAGUUCCAGAUAUUUCUGUCACAAGUUUUUAAUUGGACUCUUAGAGGCCUUAUCCAUGUUUGGGAUUCCUCACAGUGGUUUUCUGUGGGGAUAUUUAAAACUGUUCAAACUCUGUGAUCGGGCGUCUUGUUAGUAGUCAUUUUGUGUGUAUGUGUGUGUGUGUGUGUGUGUGUGUGUGAGAGAGAGAGAGAGAGAGAGAGAGAGAGAGAGAGAGAGAGAGAGAGAGAUGCCUACUUGUCUGUCUACUUGCCUGCCUGCCAUCUGUCUGUCUGGAGACCCUUGGAUGUCAUCCUUCAGGUACCAUUCACACUGACGUUUAAGGCAGACUCUCUUGCCAGGAUCUAGAGCUCUUCGGUUAGGCUAGGCAGGCUGACUCCAAGAUCUGCUUCAGUCCACCUCCCAGCCCUGGCAUCUCAAUGCUAUGAUGCUGAGCCAACUGGCCACAGUGUUACACUCCUACGGCAGCUAUGAGCCCGAAUACAGCUCUCCUGAGAGCGUUCUUUGGAUGUUAGCAGGUCUAUGUUCCCAUUGUAAGUGCCACAGUGCCAGGGCCCGAUGUCCAUGAGCCUGGCAUCUGUCUCGUUCUGAACUCAGCAUGUUUUAGGAAGUUAAAAGAAGCAUUUAACAGCACGGACAACAAUAGCUACUCGACACCUCGGAGCCUUGCUCAUUUGAGUCUGUCACAGUUUUGCUAAACUGGUUGUUUUGUGUUGUUAAGAAUCAUCCAGAAGUUGAGUGAAUAUUUAUUGGGAAUCUGCCCAUUUCUGGGUUCUGUGAAGGAAUACCCCAGUGGAAAGGAAGGACCUGAUUCUCUUAGCAUUUGCAUCCUAGGAGGACUGGGACAGUUUAAAGGCACACAGUUAUCUGCCAUGAAAAAGGUGCCGUCCAGAGCAACUGUAGGGCAAGGGGAGCCGAGACGAGUGAGCAGAAGCCUCUCUGAGGAAGGUCUUACUGCUGAGGAAGCUACACCCGGCCGGGACCUGCAAGAGCCAUGCGUCACACUGCACUGAGAACAGGGCGCACCUGAGAGCCUGGCACGUUGCCGGGAAGAAGAGACGAUCCACGUGACUCAAGUGCAAGGUCUAUGGGAGAAGAGUGGGCCGUUGAGACAGGUGAUGGAGGUCCCAUUGUCCCUUUGCCGUCUGGUAUGGACUCCCUAAGGUACCCAGAGGAAACUGUACUCAUAACGGGAGGAAGUGGAUAUUUUGGCUUCCGCCUCGGCUGUGCUCUGAACCAGAGAGGACUCCGUGUGGUUCUGUUUGACAUCAGCCAACCUGCCCAGAACCUUCCAGAGGGGAUCACGUUCGUCCGUGGAGACAUCCGCUGCCUCUCAGACGUGGAGACAGCCUUCCAGGACAAUGAGAUUGCGUGUGUGUUUCACGUCGCCUCUUAUGGGAUGUCUGGGAGGGAGCAACUGAACAAUACCCUAAUUGAAGAGGUCAAUGUGGGAGGUACCAACAACAUCCUCCAGGCCUGUCUAGAGAGAGGAGUGCCCAGGUUAGUUUACACAAGCACGUUCAAUGUCAUCUUCGGAGGUCAAGUCAUCAGAAACGGGGAUGAAUCUCUGCCCUACCUGCCUCUUCACCGGCACCCAGAUCACUAUUCCCGAACCAAAUCCAUUGCAGAGAAGAAGGUGCUGGAAGCCAAUGGCUCGGCCUUCAAGCAAGGCAAUGGUGUCCUCAGAACCUGUGCACUAAGGUCAGCCGGCAUCUAUGGGACGGGAGAGCAAAGACACCUUCCCAGGAUAGUGAGUUACAUCGAGAGGGGCCUGUUCAGAUUUGUGUACGGGGAUCCCGAUAGUCUGGCUGAGUUUGUUCAUGUGGAUAACCUGGUGCAAGCUCACAUCCUGGCCUCCGAGGCUCUGAGAGCUGAUAAGGGCCAUGUUGCCUCUGGGCAGCCCUACUUCAUCUCAGACGGUAGACCUGUGAAUAGCUUUGAAUUUUUUCGGCCCCUGGUUGAGGGCCUAGGCUACACAUUCCCAUCCACCCGCCUGCCCCUCACCCUCAUCUACGGCCUUGCUUUCCUAAUAGAGAUAGCCUACUUCAUUCUGGGCAGGUUCUACAACUUCCAGCCCUUCCUCACCCGAACGGAGGUUUAUAAAACGGGUGUCACGCAUUACUUCAGCUUAGAGAAAGCCAAGAAAGAGCUAGGCUAUGAGCCUCAGGUGUUUGACCUGCAGGAGGUGGUAGAGUGGUUUAAAGACCACGGCCACGGUAGAAGGUCUGGAGGUCAAGACUCAGAGUUUAUUCUGUGGGACGGAAUUCUGGUCCUACUCUUGGCGCUAUCUCUUCUGACCUGGCUCCCUCCUUCCACGGUUCUGUCAGUGUGAAGAGAAACUACACGCAGGAGGUGAGCCUACUCUCUGGGGUGGUUUUCAAGGAUGCAGGCUUUUAAAGAUGUUUCGCAUUAUUUGCUACCACUCCUGGGUCUUCAAAUUACUCCUUAACAAUGAAUCUUUAAACCCCAUGGCCAGGGAUAGGCUACCUCCUUAUGAACUAUUGGUCAGAGAUGCCCCUAAUGUUUCCAAAACAAUGUUGGCUGUUGCCAGUGCUCCUGGAUGACCUCAAGAACUAGAUGGUAAGGCCCUAUUGCAGAAGGCACCAUACUCCUUAAUUGCAGCACAAGCUGGAACUGCUUGCUAAAUCUCAUGGUGCCAGAAGGUUCUGUGCAGACUGCUGGAGGAGAACAGUAGCUCGGCUAUAGACCGUGCCUAUUGCAAUACCAAUGACAGGCAGGGUGUAACCUUUGGUGCAAUAGUGGCAUUCCAUUAGGGGACUAACCAACUACUUCCUAAUUGGAUUAGAGACCUGCUCCAUGGGAGGGGGGUUGCUCCUGGUGCUGUAAACCCUGUCCAGAAACUCAUAAAAAGGUCAUAGCCAAGUGGGGCCCACUACUGUUAUUCUGCUAGGUAGAGAAGUUGUGCCCAUAAAACUGAUUUCUAUAGGUUUAGGUUUAUACCCAUAGGUUAGGGCUGCUCUUAGCUGGGAUCAGAGAAGUUUCUCUCUGUAGUGAUCAGCAGUUCAUACCCGGUCAAAGUGCCUAGGAGAGGUGAGUGUUGAAUGCUCAUCCACAGACAGGACAUCUGUAUCACCCCCUCUAAGUCUCAGGGGACUCAGUCACGAGAGCAGUGGAAAGAAUACAAAGUCUGGAAGAAGGGGAGGAGCCUUGGAGUCUGUCUUCCGAGAGUGACAUGACCUCUGUCCUCAGAACUAACGGUAGCUAUGACUGCCUUUUCUAGACUGCACAAGACAGGGCAUGUCACCAUUUUUCCAUGGGAGGGAGAAGAACUGAGUGCCACUGGCGGUUUCUGAGGAGAGAGAGAGACUUUCUCUAGUGGUAUAGUCGUGGCUAAGUUGCUCUGUGCUCCUGUGAGCAGUCCUAAUAAAACUCAUUGGGACACAUACACACAGAGACAGAGAGAGACGAAGACAGAGAGAAACAGACACAGAAAGAGACAGAGACACACAGACAGACAGACAGACAGACAGACAGACAGACAGAGACAGAGAGAGAUGGUUUAGAAUGGAAUCUAGGAAGGAAGAGGGAAGAAAUCAAUGGGAGUGGGACCAAAGAGGGUAUGGGGAGGGGUGAAGAUGAUCAAGCUACACUUUAUAAAUGUGAGACUGUCCUAAUGAAACUGUCAUAUAUAAUACAUGCUAAUAAAAAAGGGAAAAGGUGGA